ACUGAAUGAGGCUGUGAAGUCUGAUCCCGGGCCUGCGUGAACUCGCACCAAUUUAGGCGUGGAUUUCCCUUGUAUACUUCUGUAAGCCCCCACCAAAGCACUUGAUUGGUACGAUCCAGGUAAAUUUCUUUUUUUUUUAUUGCUGGCCCCUACCUGCUUAGUCUACAUGGUCAUAAGGCUAGAAAGAAUUUUAUACAUAUCUUUUGUCACUUGCCAUUGUCGAGGGGAAUGCGAGAGUUAGAAAAGACGUCCUUGAAAUGCUGCUCUGAACCGAUCAGCAUACGACAGUAUCGAGUUGUCGAGCCCCCGUUUCCUUAUCCAGAUGGACAUGGCGCCGAUGAAGACCGCCACAGCGACAGAUCCGAUGGUUCGCCGGUGGCUCCAGAUAAACCCAAUGAACUUCUGCUUGUUCUCCUCGCGGCGGAGCUGGUGUGUUUGUUGAUAGAAUAGUUCGACGGCCGCUUUGAUGGACUGUUUCCUAGAGACAUCCCGAGAAGUUUUCAGCACACUGCAUCCCGGGAUCUUCCUCCAUACCCCCGCCGGCAGUGACUCGGGUGGAUGAUCAUGGAACAGCUGUACGGCUCGGGAUAUGAGAGUUUCAAGGUCCAGCGGGAUGGGUAGUUUGGACAGCUUAAAAUGCAGCAUUUCCGGUUCGUCGAGGGGAAUUUCCAGAAGCUCCUUUCUGCGGGAAAGAACAAUAGCCGCAUAGAGAUAUAUGGAGACAACAGGCUCCCAAGCCAAUAAGAAGUCGAAGAGCCGUGCAAUAUCACUAUACUCCUGGAUAUCGUGGGCAUACAAGGUGAGAGUCGCUGAAAGUGCGAAGAAUGGCCGCGUGCCCGACAGCCGAAUGCUCAGGUCUGCGUCCGCUGAUGCGAUAAUCGCGGGGAUGAGCUGUAGAUGCUUCACUGCCGGUGCAAGUGAAGGUAACAUGUAGUCUCUGAGACGUAGCAGAGACAACUGGGCGACAGCCUGUGUAGAUUGGCUUUCACCAAGAACUAAUAACAAGACUUGCACAAUGUCGUGGAAGCCUUGAAAAUAGCACAGCAUGGGGUAGUUCCGCAGCACUCGCUUGAUUACGCGCGAUAACUUGGUCUUCUUCGAUGAGAGCUCUUGCUCAGAGCCUGUUCGCUCUAAGUUAGUAGUGGAAGUAAAGGUUGCGGAGAGAGAAACUUGCAAUCGGGAUAGUACACAAAUGAGCGAUUCACGUCUAGCUGAACUUGUUCUUCAUCGCCAUGUGGCGGCAUGUCGUCUUCGGGAGAAAGCUCAUCUCUAUGCGCGUGUUUAUCGAAAGGCUAUUUGUCUAAGAUCAUCUUGAAGGAAGCCACCCUCUGAUGUAGCGAGAGUUAUUAAGGUGUCUAUAUCGCGAGUGUCGCAUGCCAGCCGGAUAGCAUUGAUUUUCUCGUCGUUACGAGCUGAUUGCUCUUUAGAGCCGUGCUCAACGACUUCAGCUGUGAGGUUCUUUUCAGACUCUGAGAAGGCGGUUUCUGCCUGGUGGCUGCUGGGAGUAUCUGCCAUUUCCAAACUUGGCGCAGUAGUGUUGUUCGAGCAGGCCGCCUAGUUCAAGAAAGGUAAGAGUAUACUUGAAAGAUGUGAUAGCUCCUUUGCCGGCCAAAUAAGACUUUCGAAUAGUUUUCUGCCUGUCACAUUUGAAGAAAUGCCGGGUUACUCAUGGGCAAGGUUCCAUAUAGGAUGCGGCUCAUAACGUGCCCAGAAACCGCUGAUGUUAAGAACUCCGAGUUUAAGCUGACAGGGCACUCCAAGAAGCAGCAAACAGCGGAUGGACGUUCAUCAGGCAAAGCCACUUCUGGCUGCCUGAGGCUCACAGCGGCGGCCCUGUCACCCGUGAUUCGCCGACGUGAUUUCUCCGGUCGGCGCUGAGUCAGCCGUACAGACAGGCAUCAGUGAGCUUCAUCCAUUCGAUCAUCCCACCAGCCCCUCCGAAGGGUUCUUUGGAGUACCAAGAACUGGUCUACAGCUCCAAAGCACUGCUGAACGACCAUGAUAUGAUGUACCCCGAGACAACACAGGUACACUGCCUCACUCGCUGCUUGAAAAUCGCUCGAUCCGAAGCUGCGUGGUGAAAUCAUAGAAAUUCCUUAGCAACACCCGGACCCUAUCCACCUGCACUCAACUUGGCAGUCAUGCUUGGUUGGUCUCUUCGCCAGCUUCAUAUAGCUCCAAGUCCACCUUUAGACCUGGUACAGCAGUGUUGGAGAAACCUCUAACAGCAUUCCUGUAAGGCACCGUCGUACCAGAACCCAACCCACUCCCCACGGGUCUCUCCCUUAGUGUGAGGGUAUUCUUCGCUCGUGGCGAUAGGAGCUCUGAAUGGCUCUGCUGUCUACCUACUCUCCUCGCCACACACAGCAAUCAUGAGACCCGUCUUUCUUCCAUUCAUCCAAGCAUGACGAGCACAUAUUACCCCAGCUUCUAACGCUUCGCCAUUGUAUUAGUCUUGAUCCUAUUUUUUUAUCUGUGAUUCCUUCAUCCGGACCUCACUUUUUGACCACUUCCUUUUCGAUUGUACUUGUACUUGCUGUUCGACCUUUUAUUCGAUAGAGGAGAUGAAGCGAGAAGUGCCUCUCUUCAAUGAUCUAUUGAAAUCGCAUUUUUUUUACCGAUACACGCUCGUCUUCGUUACUCUGACACAGACGACACUGCCUUGAAGUGUCCUCCAGCACCAGUCAUGGCCAGCCUAAGGAAUUCCCAGGACCCAGAAUCGGGCCACUCAAAUCCUGCUGCAAGGCAGUCUAUUGGAAGAAGCGAUAUGGACAUCGAUUCGGGGCCAUCAUCCAGCAAGACGAGGAUUGGGCUCCUCACCCACACCUUGGUUCCCAGCCCAAUAAUCCAGUGGAUUUUACCGGCACGCCUAAGAAGCAAGUAUCAGAAUGAUGUCGUAUUUGUUGGUGAACGGAGCUUGCAAAUCAAGGAGGCCAUCUCGGGGACACACCUAGAGGAAGUCACUUCGAAGUCUGACUUUGAUGCCUACAUUACCGCCGCGAAGGUGAUCAACAUCAGUACAGAACUACCCUGGGAAACCCAAAUGAAGCUUGGGUCCAGCAACGCAAAUCCCAACCUAGAGUUACAAAAGGAUCUUCUCCCCUCCCAGAUAAUGGUUCUAAGUUUGGCAUCCAAGGAGCUGGUUUUCCUCUAUUACUCAAGUAUCGCUGGCCAAUUCAUCCAUUACCACCGCCCGUUGCCAAGCGACGUCAGUACUUUUGAGCGAUUUGGCCGAAACAUCGCUGUUGAGCCGAGGUCUAGGGCAGUUGCUGUCAGCGCUACUUGCGGCUACUUUGCCGUGUUCAUUUUAAAAGCGCCGUCUGUUGUGGAAGGCCAGAUGUCCGAAAACCAGCUUGAUCCUGUGGCAGAGGAACGAUUCUUUCGCGUAGAAGGUGAUAUCAUCUUUAUGGAAUUCCUUUACCCGAGGCCUGAAGAUGGUGAUAAGAUGAUUCUUCUGCUGCUGGUGUCCCAUGGAAAGACAACACACGCUGUGUGCUAUGAAUGGAAUGCCCGUCAAGCUCUACAACAAGCUCAUCCACGCAUCACAAAGAAGGAAUUGCCACCCGAGGACAGACUACCCACCAUGCUCAUCCCGUUAACGAAGGCCUCGUCUUUCAUGUUGGUCACAACGACAUCGAUGACCGUCUAUAAAAACAAACUCGACUCCCGAAUAGACCCUACUAAAUACCCGCUCACAGUUUCUGGGCGGGAACCCCAGAAGUCUCCGCUCUGGACGCGGUGGGCAAGACCACUGCGCUAUCGGGUGUACAACCAAAAGCACGACGAUAUCUACCUUUGCCGCGAGGAUGGAGCGGUGUGCUACCUAGACAUUGGCCAUGAAGGUCAAAUUGACAAUCAAGCACAGCUUGGGCGCUUGCAUUGCGAUGUUGAUGCGGCGUUUGAUAUAUUGGAUAUUGGUUAUGAAGGUAGUGAUCUCCUCCUGGCCGCUGGGAACACCGGAGAUGGUGGUUUGUUUGUUCUCACAGCUCGAGAACAACCUAAAUGCGUCCAAAAGUUCAUGAACUGGUCCCCAGUCACGGAUUCUGUCCUCGUUAAACCACCCUUAAGCCCGAAAGCAAAGACAGAUGAUGUUACUGGUGAUCGGUUAUUUGUUUGCUCUGCCUCUUCCUUUGGUGCGGGGGCAGUUGUUGAACUUCGGCAUGGCAUCGAAGCGCAGAUCGGCCUAUUGAUAUCCCUGGAAGAACUCUCCGGCGCCGGAGAUAUAUGGAUUUUGCCGGACAGCACAAACGGGGGCGUCUUUAUGUUGACAUCCGACCCUAUUUCUUCGACCGUACUUUACCUUCCGGCUAAUUUUGACGAAGAAAUAUCUGCGAUCGAUGAAGCCGACUGUGGACUGGACUUGAAUGCACCGACUCUGGCAGCAGGUUAUAUGGACUCGGGUUCUCUAAUUCAAGUCACCGACAACGCCAUUCUCGUUGGAGGAACAGCAGAGUCGCGGUCCAAUCUCCGAUGGGACUUCGAUAUUGGUCAGAGCGUGACGGCUGCUGCCGUUCAUGGCCCAGAAUCGCUGGUUGUGGCUGCUGUUCGGACUCAUCAAGAUAUACUCAUCCACGUGAAGAAACUUGAUAUAGUAGGAGCCCAUACCAACUUGUCGAAUGCUGUUUCGCCCUUCGCGAUCGAUUGCGAACCGAUUUGCAUGUUGAUUGAGAAUCUUCCCGUCGGCAUUCUUAUCUUUAUAGGUACCGGUGAUGGCAGGCUUCUGGUUUAUCGUCUUGGCGAUGGUGCGCAGCGUCUUCUCGAUGUCGCCGUCACGAUUGAAGAUGAUGACGAUUUAUCUAAGGCUAUCAACGGUCUCGCAAUUCUUACGCACGCGUCAAAGAACAAUUUCAGGAGUGCUACCCUCCUCUGCGGCUUGCGAAGCGGCUUCUUGGUCAUGUUCAGUAUCACAAUGAGUAUAGAUAGAGCCGAGUCUCCCAUCGAUAUACGCCAAACGGCGCUCCGACACCUAGGAUUCACUUCCGUCAAUGUGCAGGGUACUGGAGGCAUUGUACUAUUAACUUGUGGAAAUGGGUUUUGGCAAGCAGCGUGCUCACCCGGGGAUGAUGCCUCAGACUGCACUGUCCAAAGGAUAUGGAUUACCGAUCAGAACAAUCCCGCCUAUUGUCCGAAAAUUAUUCAAAGCUUUGCCAUGAUGGGUACUGCCGCUGCUGGUGACAAGGGUCUCUCCGGGAGCCUGUUCUGUAUCGCGGACGGGCAGCUAAUGGCAUGCACCUUAGACAGCACUGUGAAGCCAGUUCCUCGAAGAAUCAGCCUACCUGGGAGUGCAAAUAGACUAGCAUAUUCCCAGCAUCUAAAGUGCCUGGUGGUGUCCUACACUCAAACCGUGCUUGAAACUGAUACGGAUCCUGUCAAGCGCUAUACCCGGCCGCAUAUUGAGUUUCUCGACCCCGACGUACAGUACCCGCUUGAUGACUCUAUUGAAGAAACUCAGGCGCCGAAAAGCAAGCCUUGGAGACCGCAAGGCGCAGCUGGGGAGAAAAUAAGUUGUAUCCUAGAGUGGACUCCCAAAAAAGGCGACGAGGAGUAUCAUUUCAUCGUGAUUGGGACCGCACGCCGCAACCAGCCAGACCGUGGUCGGGUUAUCUUCCUUCAAGCUUCUCGUGACGCGUUGUCGGUUUCUCAAAUCGAGUGUUCGGUCAAAUACAUCCACAAGUUCGACGGCCCCGUCUAUUCCAUCGUCCCCUACGGCGAUUUCACAUUGAUGGUAGCAACCGGCAAUGAGAUCGUAGCGCUAGAACCCAAAUUCGCACAGUCUCGUCGAGCCCGUUCUGCAAGAUUCACCGUCUUAUCCCCCGCUGUUUCAAUGUCCUCGCAUGAGCCAUACGUUUACUUGUCAUUGGCGAGAGAGUCCCUCCUCAUUCUGAAAACGACAGAAGACAAGCUCGCUCUCCACGCGUACGAUCGCCAGAAACACGAUGGCCUCUCCCACAUCCACAUCGGCGGCGACCGCAACCUCACCCUCGCCUCCAGCAGAGGCGGGCGCGUCAGCCUGUUCACAGAAAAUGGAAUCACCGAAGCCAACAAAAUGAUACCAGCGGCAUUAUGCGAAGCACAUCUCCCCUCCUCCGUGAUGAAACUCAGCUCCAGCUCCAGGUCGUCCUUCCUUUCCUCGCGCUCGCACCCGCAGACGUUCUUCGGCACAGCGAUGAACGGCACUGUCUACCGAUUCUUAAUCCUCGAGGAGAAAGAGUGGCGCCUGCUACGACUUUUGCAGGAUCUCUGUAUUCGCGAUCCUACCAUCUGUCCGUUUACACCGAGGAGGAAGAGGCUGCGGAAUCCUGUGGGCCAUGAGCCGCUUGAGUUUCAGCCUUCGCAUAUGCAUAUUGAUGGGGAUAUAUUGAGUCGGCUUGCUAUGCGGGACUCGAGUUAUCUGGCGGGAAUGUUGGAUGGGGACGAAGAGAGGCAUACCAGGUCUGCACAGGCUGUUGUCAAGCAAUUUACCGAGCGGGCUCGAGAUGUUCUUGGAGAGCCUUCGAGCCCGAUCGAGGCAGUUAUGAGGUGGUUGAAGAGAGUGUUCCAUGUAGAGUUAUAGUCCAAUCUGUUUUGAGGAUUCUGUAUAGCUGUUGAAAUCCACCCUCCGUCAGUUAUGUAUUCAAUCAAGUACUGUGUAUCUACGAAUAAGCAAUAUCAAAAUAUAAGUAAUAACAAAAAAAAUUCCAUGUCCUAGUAGACUCAAUAUGUCGACCAGUAUACUCGGGGUAAGAAAGCGCUGCAGCGGCUUAACAAAUCGG